GAGAGAGAGAGAGAGAUUCUCAGAACGCAACAGAUUACGGCCAUGGCCGCCACGGAAUCGCCGCCGCCGUUAAACGACGUCGAUAUCGUGUGUUUAGCCCAACAAAAGCGUCCCACCAACAACCACCACUACCAACCCAACGUUUCACUGCCUCCAUUUCUCCGCUCUCCUCACUCUCACGAGUCCCUCCUCGCUUACCUCCACUCACGCGCCACUUCUCCUUCUCCGUCCUCCGCCGUUUCCGAAUACGUCAUCUCUCUCCUCUCCCUCAUUUCCCUCUCACCCGAAACCCCUUCUGUCUCUUCUCUCCUCUCCUCUCUUCUCUCAUCCUACGCGCAAAUCUUCCCUUCGCUUCCCCACGACUCGAAUUCCCUCAAAACAAUCAGUUUUUUCAACACCCUUUUAAUCCACGUCCCUUUUGACGACCUCAAAUCGGUUAUCGAUUCGGUUGUAUUAACUUUAUCCGAGGUUGUUUCAGUGGACGAUGCGCAACUGUUCGAUCUUUUCCCCCAAUGUUUCGAGUUGAUUCGAAACGCAGAGGAAAAAGGUGGGGAUUAUGUCAAUUCCGUCCUGGAUAAGAUCCUUGAUUCCAAAUGGUCAAAAGGGUCGUUGCUUAAAAUGGUUUCCAUCGUGAAAGAUUUCAGCUUUCUAGAUAAAUCGCGAGGGAAGGAGUUUUUGGAGAAAGUUUUCGUGGGGAUUAAAAAUGUGGAUUUGAUGGACUUGCCUUCACUUGUUUAUCAGUUGUUAGUUUUGGCUUCGAAAGGCUUCAAUAAAAGGGAGGUUAUUGAAGGGAUUGUGUGGUUUUUUGGGUCUCAAUUGGGUUCGAAAAUGACUUCCACAGUUAGGCAAGUUGAAGGGACUGUUUUGUUGCAUGUGAAUUUCGCAGUCAAGCAGGAUCCUUCUUUGGGGAAAGAGGUUAUGGGGUUAGUCAAAACAGAUCUUAGAGUAUUCAAUCAUUUCACUGUGGCUGUUUUAUUGUCGGUGUCGAGGGUACGAAGGUUCAGUGAAAGCUCAAUCACUAUUUUGAAAACAGCACUGCUUACUGCUUACCGUGACUACAAAUUUACCAAAGACUGUAAGUGGAUACCAGAUGAUAUGAAGGAAGAAUAUCUGAAGAGUGUUAAAGUCGUUGAGAAGUCUGUGUUAAGAGCUGUGAAUGAAAGCAACUAUGGGGGGGAGCACAUGGUGCCUAGCAUGGUUCAGUUUGGUUUCAUCUUGCUGGAGUCAGUUGGAGACGUAAACUGCACAGAACUCUGCAAUUCUAAUGGUCUCCUGGGCAUUGAAGAGCUUGGUAUUCAGAUGCUGAAAACUCUAUUUGAGGUUCAUGAUAUGGCAAGAAAUGAGAUUAUUGAGCAAAUCAAGUUUCGCAUUCUCUCUUUGAAGCCAGAACAGAGUAGGCCAAUAAUAAGGCUGCUCGGUCAUCUUAUUCAGUGUUACCCUUACCCCAUGGUGGAACACGUUCCCCGUCUGAAGGAAUUGUUGGAUUAUUUCACUUUCAUGGAUGGAAAGGUUGCCUCUUAUCUUGUUAGUGCUCUAUUACCUCUCAUCAGAUUCAGUCGUGAUCUUCAGGAUUACACUAUUUUGGUUGUCCGCAAGGCUAUGUUCAGAAGAGAAGAUACAGUUCGUGUUGCAGCAACAAAUUCUAUUAUUGAUCUUAUACUGGCAGAGAAGCAACCUAAGAGGGAUGGCUUGUUUUCUUUCCAAGACUCAUCAAGCCAAGCCAGCUGCAGUCAACAAGCUGAUAUACCCUGCAGCAUGGGGGAAGGUCUCUUUCAGGAAUUGAGUGCUUUGCUGCAGAGAUGUUUUCAUCAACAGGCAAAGGUCAAGGAAGUCGUGUAUCAAGGACUGGUGAAGCUCAUUUUAGUAAAUCCAUCAAUUGGAGGGCUUGUCUUUGAUUUUCUAUUGCCUCAUUUUCUCCAGUUUUUUAAAGAGCAGGAUGAAGAUGUCCAACUUGGAGUCAGCUGUUGUAUUAAGUCAGAAAGUGGCAAAGUACUUAUUCAGGAGCCACUGGAUUGUCUUCUUUCUUGCGUCUCUUGGAUUUUACUUCUUCAGCCACAUGGAAGAACUGAUCAGCUCUCAGAUUCUAUCGGGCCAUGUUUUGGUUUCUCCCUUUCACAAGAGAACGAGGAUGGUAGGAACUUGUCUAGUGAGGUGUUUUCUAGUGCUUUAUUGAAGAUUCGGAAGUUUCUAAGGAAUGCAAAUUUGGAAGAAAUUCUUGGUCAAACUCACGAUGCAAGCUCCACAGUUGUUCAUGAAGAGAAAAGAAAAUGUUGUGCAUUAAUUUUGUCAGGAAUUGAAGAGGUGCUAAUGAAUACCAUUGCUAUGGAUUUGGAGAAAGCAACAGAUCAAAAGAAGGUCGAACUUGAGAAGGAGCUUAUAGAGUUUGUUGGCCUUCAUGACUCAUUGUCAAAGGAUACAUGUACUUCAAGAAGCAAUGUUACCAAAAAAGUGAAUUUACGUGCUACAUUGACUCAGACACCAGAUAACAUUGACUCAGGCAACACCAAAUUGAUUCAAGAGCAUAUUCCUUUCUUGGCAACUUCAAGCAUCUAUCAACUAUUGCAAAUAGCAUUGAAGCUAUACAGUAGUGAAAGCUCUAACAGUGAAGCAACUUCACAGAGUCAUAGCCAGUCAUCCUUGGGCAAAGCAUCGAAAAGUUGUUUUAAGAUUGUUUCGUUCGCUUUGAAUGCUUCUCUUCAUAAUAUAAAAUCUUCAGCCCUUGUGGGAAAUGAAGAUCCCUUGAAGAAAUUGAUAUAUGGGGAUAUCAAUAUGCUGGGGUCCCAAUUGCUGAGUUUAACUCUCUCGCUCAAAUCAGGGUCCAAUGUUGCAACUAGUCAGAAGAAGAAAGAAAGCAAGGCAAAGAAAGAUGUUGAAGAGAGAAAGGAACAUCUCCAUCUAGCAUUACUUUGCUUGAAGGAAAUGAUAACAAUCAGUUUGUGCAGCUCCCGUUUGACUGGCUUGCUUGAAAAUCUGUUGUCAGUUCCCCAACUUGAAAAUGCUGGUUUGCAUGAUGAAUGUGUUUUGGCCUCUGAAAUUGAUGACCGAGAUAUAAGAAACAAAGAGUUGUUCAUUCUGAAAUUUUUGAAGCCGAUGCUCUCUGAGCUCAUGAAAGUAUCAGCUUUUCGCAAUAUUGAGGUUCUUUGUGGUAUCAUGUUGAUGAUUGGGCACAAAUUGCCCUGCAAGUGGAGGAACUCUCAUGCAGCCUGGGCUAUUCAUAUUUGCAAAACCAGCAACACAACAGACUCCAACAUUGCUAAAAGCAUGGUUAGACUUGCCAUCAGUUUAAGCUCACCUCCAACUGAUUUACAUGUGGCUCAAGACAUGUUAAAGGAGCUAUUAAAAUUCAUCGGAUCUAACAGUAGUGACUCAUCGCAAGUAUCUGAAUACCUUCUGAUAAACCAGUCAACAACCACUGCUGUAGCUUCUUGUCUACUACAAAUAACUGACGCUGUCAUUGUGGACAUGGACUGGGCAACUAAAAAAUUAAAGGCAGCUUCACAAGUAGCUCAGAAAAGCACUCAUCUUAACCAGAAUGGAGAACAUAAUUCUGGGUUGGUGUUUGAGGAAAAUCUUUACUCGAGGGUCAAAGCAGUUGUUGAAGUGUUAUCUUCCUUUGUUUUGAUGAGCCUCAAGGAUAGUCAAGCAGAGCAUUUUCUUAGAUUGACAGCAAGGUUUUACAAGCAUUUAGCUCAAAUGUCAAAGCUCAGGAUUGCUCCAAAAGGUCACAAGCAGCCUUUACCAAGCCUUCAAUUCCAGAAGCUCGUGGAGCUAACCUGCAAGCUGCUAACCAAUCCACUCUAUAACUUUGUGGCAGAGAUGCAACAAGCUCAACAAGAAAAUACUAAUAGCAAGGGCAUCAUAAACAAGAUCAAGAGGGAGAAUAAAUGCAUCCCAGACCUAAUAUUCCAGAUAGAAGAUUACGAGAAACAUCUCAUUCGACUUAGCAAGGCAACCAAGGUCAACUUACUGAAGCAUGCCAAGCGUAGCACUUCAAGGGACUUCAAAAUAUUGGACCCAAUAACUGUUCCCAGAGAAGAUCCCCCAAACCAUGACCCUAAUCCCAACAACUCUGCUGCAGAUGGAAAUGAAUCAUGCAGUGAUUCUGAAGAUGAUGAAGGAAAUGGAUCAGAGAAAGUGCUGUCACCUCAAUCUGGCAGUCCUUUAGCUGAAGAGGAGUCUGAAUCUGAUGCUGAAGAUAGAGCUUCUGUUCCCACUGUCAAAAGGGUCAAAAGGAGUAGAAUUGUGCAUGACUCUGAAGAUGAAGGACAGGAAUAGAUGGAGGUAGUUGCCUAGUUGGCAUGUGGCAUCCUGCAAAGUGAUGACUGUGUGCAAAAAAAGUGUGGUUUCAAAGUUGUAAUUAUUCAAUAAAAUAGGUGAAGCAGUAGUUUGUGAAUGAAUGGUACUUGAGAGGAGAAACGUGUAUGAUGGGGGGCAAAAGGUCAGUCAAAACCGACAUCCAGAUUUAGCCUAAUGAGUUUGGCUUUUCAAUUUUGACCCUCACUCAUUAUACCCUUCUAAAUUGGGUAUAUCAUAUUUGUGUUGGUGCCUAUUCCUAUGUGUUACUUUUUCUUUGUAGGUAAUAUGAAGACUGAAGAGUAAUUUUUAUAAUAAUUUUUUG